GGGAAGGGGGAGACGAGACGAGGAGAAGAGAAGAGAGAAGAGGUCGAGCCGCGCUCCGCCUCCGUCGGGUCCCCUUUAUAACCUCUCUCUCUCUUUCUCUCUCUCUCCUCCCAAACCCUCAAUCGUCGCAUCGCCUCCUCCUCCUCUCGCCGCUCGCAGCGAAAAAGCCAGCGCCUCCCAGCGCCCACGCGAUCCCGACGAAUCGAAUCGAGUCCGAGACGCCGAUCUCGGAUUCGAGACCGUUGAUUUCAACCAACACAAGCCCUCCUCCGGAUCGAUCCGCUCCUCUUCAGCCAUGGCAGGAAUGGCACCCGAAGGCUCCCAGUUUGAUGCUAAGCACUAUGACAGCAAGAUGCAGGAACUACUGCACCAAGGUGACAAUGAGGAAUUCUUCACUUCAUAUGAUGAAGUUUUUGAGAGUUUUGAUGACAUGGGCCUCCAAGAGAACCUUCUCAGAGGCAUCUAUGCUUAUGGUUUUGAGAAGCCAUCAGCUAUUCAGCAAAGGGGGAUUGUUCCCUUCUGCAAAGGGCUUGAUGUGAUUCAGCAGGCUCAAUCUGGAACAGGAAAAACUGCUACCUUCUGUUCUGGGAUCCUGCAGCAACUUGACUAUGGAUUGGUGGAGUGCCAAUCCCUGGUCCUUGCACCAACACGUGAGCUUGCCCAGCAAAUUGAAAAGGUCAUGCGUGCUCUUGGUGACUACUUAGGUGUCAAGGUGCAUGCCUGUGUUGGUGGAACCUCUGUCCGUGAGGACCAAAGGAUUCUUGCUAGUGGUGUGCAUGUUGUUGUUGGCACACCUGGACGUGUGUUUGACAUGCUACGUCGGCAAUCUCUCCGCCCAGACCACAUUAAGAUGUUUGUGCUGGAUGAAGCUGAUGAGAUGCUCUCCCGUGGUUUCAAGGAUCAGAUCUAUGAUAUCUUCCAGCUCCUUCCACCAAAGAUCCAGGUCGGAGUGUUCUCUGCUACCAUGCCUCCUGAGGCCCUUGAGAUCACCCGCAAGUUCAUGAACAAGCCCGUGAGGAUUCUUGUGAAGAGAGAUGAGCUUACCCUUGAGGGUAUCAAGCAAUUCUACGUCAAUGUGGAGAAGGAAGAUUGGAAGCUCGACACUCUUUGUGACUUGUAUGAGACACUGGCCAUCACCCAGAGUGUCAUCUUUGUGAACACCCGCCGCAAGGUGGACUGGCUCACCGACAAGAUGAGGAGCAGGGACCACACUGUCUCUGCCACACAUGGAGACAUGGACCAGAACACUAGGGACAUCAUCAUGAGGGAGUUCCGAUCUGGUUCUUCCCGUGUGCUUAUCACCACUGAUCUGCUUGCUCGUGGUAUCGAUGUCCAGCAAGUCUCCCUUGUCAUCAACUACGACCUGCCCACCCAGCCUGAGAACUACCUCCAUCGCAUUGGUCGUAGUGGUCGGUUUGGCAGGAAGGGAGUUGCCAUUAACUUUGUCACCCGCGAUGAUGAGAGGAUGCUGUUCGACAUCCAGAGGUUCUACAAUGUGACCAUCGAGGAGCUGCCGGCCAACGUCGCUGACCUUCUCUAGAUUAUGUCUUAGGAAGUAAGGUUCUGGAUAAAAGUUUGUUUUUGUUUUUGUUUUAAUAUGACCAACUUUCUCGUUUGGGAGGAGUGGUAAGGACGGGGUCUAUUUGAAUUGUGGUUAAGGACGGCUUCCAUGUUUUUCUCUUUUCCGUAUGCAACUAUGUUUGGAAAUUUUUGUAGCUGUUAGGCUGUGCUGCUUCCUGGGCUAGCUGGGAGAGGGAGACACUACUGGAAUAUUUACUUUCUUUAUUAAGCUAUGCUUGCCUUGUGUUAUUAUUCCAA